AUGAGUUUAAGUAGUCUGAGAAUAUGCUCGUCAAUACAGUUUUGUCGACAAAGUUUGAUCACUUCGUCAUCAAGGGAAUUAUACAAACUCACAAAAAAUAUACGGCACAUAUCAACAAUUGUUGAGAGCAGAACAACAGUGUUUCGUGGAUUGUCGAAUGAUAUUGUAAUCGCUCAAGUAAGAAAUCUACACAUUUCAUCAGUAAACAGAAUGGCACAAAUAAGUGAAGAAAAGAUCGGACUUGUCCCAAUUGAGGAAACUCGUAGAUUUAUGACUGACUGCUUUUUAAAGUCAAAAUGUAGUCCAGAAAAUGCAAAGGCAAUGGCAGAUUUACUUGCUGAGGCAGAUUACCGCGGACACUUUAGUCAUGGAAUGAAUCGCUUGGAAAUGUACAUCAAUGACUUACACAAGAACUCAACUGAUGGAAAUGUAAUACCAGAAGUCCUCAAAGAAUCACCUGCGACUGCAUGGGUCGACGGUAAAAAUGGUUUGGGUGCUGUCGUUGGAAACUUUUGCAUGGAUCUUGCUAUCAAGAAGGCAAAGGAAGUUGGGGUUGGCGUCGUAACAGCAAGAAGAUCUAAUCAUUACGGAAUUGCUGGUUGGUAUACAAUGCGUGCUAUGCAUGAAGGAUUAAUUGGAAUGAGUGGCACAAAUACUUCUCCAUUGAUGACACCCACACGUUCUAUGGAAGCAGGAUUAGGAACAAAUCCAUUGUCAUUUGCUGCUCCAGCUGAUAAUGGCGAUUCAUUUGUACUUGACAUGGCCACAACUGCAGUUGCUGUUGGCAAAAUUGAAAUCCAAAGACGAAAAGGCGAGCCAAUCCCUCACGGUUGGGCUCAUGAUUCAAAAGGAAAUUUGACAACAGAUGCCGGUGUUGCAUUUGAGAGUGCAUGUUUAGCUCCACUUGGUGGCAGUGAAAUCACAUCUGGUUAUAAAGGAUAUGGAUUGGGAGCUAUGAUCGAGGUUUUAUGUGGCAUUUUAAGUGGUUCACUUUUCUCAAAUAAAGUAAGAAAAUGGACACAUUUUGGAUCUGAUGCUGAAGCUGAUCUUGGACAAUUCUUCAUUGCCAUUGACCCAAGUUGCUUUGCUCCUGGAUUUACAGGACGAUUGAGUGAGAUGAAUGACAUUUUGAGAAAUUUGACACCCGUCGAUCCUGAAAAGCCUGUUUUGUUAGCUGGUGAUCCUGAAAAGAAUCAUAUGAAGAAAGUAGACUCCGACGGUGGAGUUCGCUACACCCCGAAUCAAAUUCAAACAUGCACUAAUCUAUCUCAAAGACUUGAUGUUUCACCUAUCAAAUUUAUCAAUUAA